GCCCCUGACAUGGGGGCGGGGCCCCGGGAAGGCCCUCGAAACCCGGAACGGAGUUUUCUCAAGUUUUCCUUGGCUCUGUACUCCUUUGCGUUCUCAUUGUCCACACCACAGGCAGCGGGGACAGGAGAAAGGGGCUUCGACGAACUGCUCGCACCCAAGGCUGCCUAGCUGUUCCCCGUGACCUGUAGACUCUUCCUUUGCCUCUGUCUGGUCAUGGCCAGAUUCUGGGUCUGCGCGGCAGGCGCUGGGUUUUUUCUUGCAAGUCUGGUUUUGCACGCGCGAUUUUGUGGCUCUGGGGUCUUAAGGAACUUUGCUUUUCAAGUUUCCUGGAGAACGGAGAAACUUCUUUACCGGCUGGAUUUGGGUUGGCCUAAUUAUUCAGAAUACUUUACUGGAACGACAUUUUGUGUUGCAGUUGACUCACUCAAUGGAUUGGUUUACGUAGCUCAAAGAGGGGAUAACAUCCCCAAAGUAUUAGUGUUCACAGAGGAUGGAUAUUUCCUACGAGCCUGGAAUUACACAGUUGACACACCUCAUGGUAUGUUUGCAGCCAGCACACCAUAUGAACAGUCCAUCUGGAUCACAGAUGUAGGAAGUGGAGCCUAUGGUCAUACUGUUAAGAAAUACAAUUCCUUUGGUGAUCUUAUUCAAGUCUUGGGUACUGCAGGAAAAAAAGGCACUGGUUUGAAUCCCCUGCAAUUUGAUAAUCCAGCAGAAUUAUACGUAGAGGACACAGGAGAUAUUUAUGUUGUGGAUGGAGAUGGAGGAUUGAAUAACAGAUUGAUCAAACUGUCCCAAGAUUUCAUGAUCCUUUGGCUGCAAGGAGAAAAUGGGACAGGGCCUGCUAAAUUCAAUAUACCUCACAGUGUUACACUUGAUUCAGCUGGUCGGGUGUGGGUUGCUGACCGAGGGAAUAAAAGAAUCCAAGUGUUCAGUAAAGACACUGGGGAGUGGUUAGGCGCAUGGAAUAACUGUUUCACAGAAGAAGGACCUUCUUCAGUCAGAUUUACUCCUGAUGAGAAGUACUUGAUCGUGGCGCAGCUGAAUCGUAGCAGGCUGUUGGUUGUGGCAGCACCCCCAGUGGGAAGCAUUGGCGACUGUUCUGUGAUCAGUACCAUCCAGCUACCAGAUCAGGUUCUGCCACAUCUCCUGGAAGUUAACAGAAAGACUGGAGCAAUCUAUGUAGCAGAAAUUGGGGCCAAACAAGUACAAAAAUAUGUCCCUUUUAAUAGCUAUGUUCCUCCAUUCAGUACAUAGUGUUUUUUUCUUGGAGGUAUUCCAUGUGUCAGUUCAAAUUCUCAGAUUUGUUAAUUGUUUAAAAAUGGGGUUCAAGCAAAAUUUUAUUUUUAUCUGAUUUAAUAACAAAAAUAUCUGUCAAUAAGUCAUUAUAUGUCACAUUUUGUUGCCACUCAUGGGGACUUAGUUUUAUGUUCUAAGUCUAUAAGGAUGUUUUAAUGAAAGAAAUGUAAUUUAAUGAGAUCAGAAAGAGGAACCAAGAUUGUAACCUAGUUACUUGCCCAGGUAGAUUAACUCUUCCUGGGUAAACAAUAGGAAUAAAAAUGAGUCCUAGGAUAAUUCAUUGAAUGUCAUGUGAAGAGCUAACUAUAAACCUCCAGUUGGUUGAACACACAUAAUACGGGCUGGCUGGGAGAUUGUGAGGAAGACGGGACAGUGAAUCAUGUGCAUGCUUGUAGAGUGGUAGGUACUGAAGCUACAAAGGGAAUCUUACAUUCCUGAAGACCCUGAGUAGCUUAGAGUCCAGAGGGGAGACACAGGGCAGCAGUCAGCAGUGACAGCAACACAUACUUUUGGUGGGACUUUGAAGGAAGAGCACCAGAUCUGACUGAGAUUCAUGGAGACUACAGAGGAAGUACAGUCUCGAGAGGAAACAGUGUGGGCCUAGUAGAGAAGUUCUAGAAAGUUAUAAACUUGCUGUGAACUUUGAUGUGCGUUCCGGCCUUUUUUAUUAAAGUCCAACUUGACAUUGGUUCUUUAGCUGUAAGAUCUUCACGUCAGCCUUUAAAUAUGCAAUAAAAUGGCUGACAUCUAAGCACUUUACUGAAAGGAGUUUUAAAAAAUAAGUAAAAACUUUUUAAAGAUAGUCUUAGAAAUAGAGCCCCUCUUCCAUUUCUUUUAAAGCAUGAAAUAAAUUCAUUCCUAACAUUUGUCUACCUCAAAGAAAUUUCAGAGUUAUUUACAUGGACAUAUGCCAAACGCUGAGUUAUUAAGAUGAAAAAUUUCCUGCCUUUUUAUUUCUGCACCAACUCCAGUUGGUCUGAAAAUUGGCUUCCUAAUUAGAAUGAUUUUUCAGUUUGUUCUAGUUUAUUCUAGGUUUUUGUAGAACUUUGCCAUAUUACAGUCUUUCAGAUCACUCUUCCCCUCUCUUCAGUCAGCUCCCCUCUUUAUCCCAGUGUUUUACUGUGAAUGCUUUGCAAGUUACCCAUGCUGAUUGGUGGUCUGUUUUCCAGGCAAAAAUAAUUCAUACUUGUUUUGAUGCUCUGAAUCAUGUCGUAGUGCAGUUAGGGAGGUAAAUCAGUAGCAAUAACAGGCCCUAUCCUAUAUCCUGGUCCAUUGUUAAUGUGUUGUGCUACUGAUCAGACUACAUGAUCUUCAAUGAGUUGCCUUAGUUUUCUGUUGAGUAACAUGGGAACAUUGUUGUCUUUCCUUCUGCAUGAAUGCUGUGAGCAUCGUAGGUGCAGCAUGUGCAAAGGUGCCUAGAAUUUUAUGGAUAUGUUCCAGGAAUUUAUUAACAGGUCCUUCUAAAUGUGCCAUGUACACGAUACCAAAUGCCAGGUUUGUCUGCUUUUGUGUUUAUGGCUUUUAUCGAAAUGCAUCCUGAUGAAACUUUCUGCAGUUUAACUAAUGUGAUCAGUUGAUAUGGAUUUCAGAGGGAAAAAGACUUUGUAUUUGGUUUACAAACCACGAUAAGACGUGCAAAUGUGUCUUUGAAGGAAUGUAAGUUAGGUAAACUGAUUUUAUCAUUUCUAAAAUGUUUUAACUUUUAUACCAGAUUUUUAUGGAAGUUGCUGAAAUGUUGUUCUUGUAUAUCUCAUAAAAAGUUAUUGUGAGGAUACUUGCAAUUACAGUGUUUUCCUUUUUUCCUUUGGAUGAAUUGGUUAAAUGAAUGAGAAAUGUGUUUUUUAUGAAAAAUACAUAUUAAAAUUGUGAAAGAAAAGGUCAUUAUCAUUUGGCUGUCCAGUUAAAGAUUAAUUUCACUGUCAUAAAAGCAAUUUAUAGCUUCUUUUUUCCAUUGGAGAAUUUCAGCAAUCAUGGAAUCAUAGGUUGGUGCUAAGAGAAUAUCCCUGUCUUCAUUCCCCAAAUCAUAAGUUGAUGUGGAUAAAUAUUGGUGGUGGUGGUUGUAGUUGUUGGAAAAUGUAAACAGUAUGUCUUCAUUUGAGAUGGUGGGUGGGUACAACUGGCAAAAAUAACUAAUUGCAUUUCUGCAAUAGAAGUAGAACCUCUUUAUCCCUCUACUUUCUGUUUAUUCGUGGGGUAGAAAGGAAAGUUCCAAGGCAAUAGAUAUCAGAAAACCAAGGCUAUAUGUAUUUUCCCUAUAAAAAAAGAAACCUCAACUAUAAGAUUGAGUACUUAAAGUGGAAUUGUUAGAGAAAAUUUGGAUGCAGUUUAAUGCUAAGCAAAGAGAAUCCAUAAUUUGUUUUUAGAUCACUUAACAAGACUGCUUCAAUCACAUGGCUAUGAGGCUAAGACAACAAAGUCCUAAAUUGUUUUAUUUUUGCUGGUUUUAGACAUUCUUGCAUUUGCAAGCAGGAUAGGUUGUGCAGCCAAAGUUAAAUCUGAUAAUUUUUAGAUUUCUACUUCUUAGGCUCACUAAAUUAGAAUCAUAAAAAGUUCUAAAUUUAUGACUUUGACUUGCUCUGUUCUCUGUGAUGUAUUUUCAGCAAUAAUCAAAACAUUUUUACAGUCAGUAAAUCUUUAUUCAGUGAACAAAAUUUGAGACAACAGAUAGUAAAAGUCACUUAAGCAAGUGUCCUCUGCCCUAGUAGUUUGCUGCUAUUCCAGAACACAACCUUACACCUUUGUCUUUUAGUGCUUGCUGGUAGACACCUGUUCUGGCACUUCUGUUGUGUUACACUCUUGAGACAAAAGAGGGCAGUAGAGUUCUGCUUGUGAUAAGUAUUUCUUGAAAUAAAUGUGAGCAAAUGUCGACCUCCUUUAUACUUUGACUUUUUAAAAUUAAAUCUGUGUUAACCA